AGUAAGUGGAGCACCAUGCGAGCGGUUUCGGCUUCAGUGCUACUCAUCCUAGUCGUCUGGGUGUCCAGCUUCGGCGAAUCAAACGCAGAUUGCUGCUGGACCAGGGCGAAACUGAUCUUCACAAUGGGCAACGGAUCGUGCGGAAUGGUGAAUGCCAGGUCCACCAGAUACGGAUGCGAAAUCACUGUUUGCGCAGAUGGAAUGGUGCUGGUGGGCUCAUACUGCGGAAAAGGCUCUUGCAACUUGUUUGGCUGCUUUUGUCGCGGGGGCUGUCGGCGUGGAAACUUUGGCGAGUCCUUUGUGGAAAUUAAUAGGAGGUAUGAGAUCAACCUGAUAAGCACCCAACUGAAGAUGGCUAAUGUAACAGACACGGAGGCUUAAUUGCCGACCCCCAGAGUCACCUGUCAAUUUGUAGUAUUUAUGAUUGAUUAUGUGAACAUAUUUCAAGCUACGCAUGCAAUUUGAGGCACUGCUAACUUUGAGUAUAAUAAAAAAGUAGUUUGGUUUGGGAACUCCA